AUGCUCUGUUUAUUUUUCUUCAUGUAAUAAUUUUCUCCACAAAAUUUCUGAAAUUAAAAGUCGUUUCUUUUUUUUUCUUUUCUUGGUCACUUGAGACACACCAACACAGUCAAUCAAAAAGCCAUUUUGAUUCUCUCUUCUUCACUCUCUUCUCCUCCUCUCCUCUCUCCGUUUUAAAAAACCUCUUUUUAAUUUCAACGAGAAAAAAAACAGAGGAGGAGUUAACUAAGAGCUAUGUCGUCGUCGACGAUGAACAGAGGAAUCGAUAUGUUUCCAUCAGAGAGCACUAACUGGAUCUAUCAAGGAGUCAGAGAAGUAACGUGGACGGCGGAGGAAAACAAACGGUUCGAGAGAGCUCUUGCCUUUCUUGACGACAAAGACAAUCCAGAGAGCUGGUUGACGAUCGCCGCCUUGAUCCCCGGCAAAACCGUAGAAGACGUCAUUCAACGGUACAAGGAGCUAGAGGAUGACGUCAGCGACAUCGACGCCGGACUCAUCCCCAUUCCUGGCUACGCCGGCGACGCUUCCUCCGGUGCAAACAGUGACUAUUUCUUUGGUCUUGAAAACUCCGGCUACGGUUACGGUUACGACUACGUCGUAGGAGGAAAGAGGAGUUCGCCGGCGAUGACUGAUUGUUUUAGGCCUCCGAUACCGGAAAAGGAGCGAAAGAAAGGUGUCCCGUGGACUGAGGAUGAACACCGACGGUUUCUAAUGGGUUUGAAGAAAUAUGGAAAAGGAGAUUGGAGAAACAUAGCGAAAAACUUUGUGACAAGUCGAACGCCGACGCAAGUGGCUUCGCAUGCUCAGAAAUAUUUCCUUCGACAGCUCACAGACUGUAAAGACAAAAGAAGGUCAAGCAUUCACGAUAUCACCACUGUUAACAUCCCUGACGCAGAUGCAACCACCACAUCCGCUCCCACAACAACACUCUCUUCUACUCCGACGACCAAUUCUUCUUUCGACGUUUUCCACCAGCCAAAUCCUCAUCACGGUUUCGCGUUUGCGUCUUCGUCUAGCUAUUAUAAUGCGUUUCCCCAGUGGAGUUAAGUUCACUUAGAAGAUUCUAGAGUACUACUUCGCCUCGUAUAAAUUUGUUAUAAUAUAUAUUUUCUACGUACAUAUUACCUAUAAAUAUGCAGGAUUGUUGUAAAUAUUUUGUAAGAAAAUGUUUGUGUGGUUGUGCUGCGUUUCAUAUAUUAGGUUUUGGUUGGUUGUAAUUUUCAGUUUCACGAGUUUAUAAUACCAAUAUUGACCUACA